AUGGUUGAACAAGAACCACAACUUCAGGAGCUGACUCCUUGGACAAAUGAGCUGUCAGCGAGCACAGACUGGUACCAGUGGGAUUACGAUGCAUCACCACCAACCCUGCCUGAAUUAUGUGAAAAGGGGGUCAUCCGGACUGUGGCGCAUAUCUAUCUCCCAGUCAUGGCUGUCCUGCUCUGUUUGUUGGGGGUCCUGGGCAAUGGGAUUCUGUUGCUGGUUCGCAUCCGUUACCACACCAUCCAGUCACUUGGUGAUGUCUUCCUUUUGCAGCUGGCCCUCUCUGACUUGCUGCUCCUCCUGACGCUGCCAGUGGGUGUGGCUGUCAUGGUGGGCCAUUGGCACCUGGGCACAGCCACAUGCCAGGGCCUCCAGGGCCUCCAUGCCCUUAAUUUCUACAAUGGCUUCCUGUUCCUCACAGGCCUCACCUUGGACCGCUAUGUAGCCAUUGUGAGGGCACCUGUGGCCCAUCGCCUACGCUCUACUGCCAGCUGCUGGGGCAAACUAAGCUCAGGAAUGAUUUGGUUAUUCUCAUCUGCUCUAGCACUGCCUCACUUUCUAUAUGCUCGAAUGGAGGACCAUGAGGGCUUUCAGCUCUGCAGAGUGGCCACUGUCACUGCUGCUGUUAGCCUGAUCCAGGUGGUCUUAGGCUUCGUCCUCCCAUUUGCUGUCAUGGUGGUUUCCUACUCAGCCAUUGCCCGCACUCUCCUGUCCUCUCCUUGUACCCAGCCACACAAAGCACUGCAGCUGAUCUUGGCCCUCGUCAUCCUCUUCCUAGCUUUGCAGCUACCAUAUGCUAUGCUCACCUUACUGGACACAGCUGAUUUGAUGAGCCGACAAGCUUCAAGCUGCAAAGUCAUCUUCCACCGAGAUCUUGCCCUCCUCAUCACCAGUGCCUUGGCAUUUGCUCGCUGCUGCCUAAACCCCGUGCUUCAUACCUUCUUGGGUGUUCGCUUCCGUAUCGACCUCCAACGGCUAAGCAGGGAUGCUGGCUGUCUGGGACAGUGGGGGUGUUGCAGUAAAAAGCAGAGGCGCACUAGUCGGCAAGUAUCACUCACAACUCAUCUAGAAGGAAUAUCAGAAGUAUUGUGA